AUGGCCAUGGUGGUCGAUGAGUCGACAGACGCCAAGUAUGACCGUCAAGAUGAGGCUUACUUCGGAUACUACUCCAUGCUGACGCAUCAGGCUCAAAUGUUGCAGGACUCUGUGCGCACGUCCGCGUACCAAAUGAGCAUCAUGCAGCAUGCGUUGCCCUACUUUGCUAAUCAAACGGUCAUGGACGUCGGCGCAGGCAACGGCAUUCUUUCUCUCUUCGCUUUACAGGCCGGCGCCAAGCUUGUAUUUGCCGUCGAGGCCUCUACUAUGGUCGAGCAUCUUCAUCACCUCGUUCGUGCAGCGCACGCCCAGGACGGCGAUUCGGCACCCAAUAUGUGGACACGCGAUCGGUUAGCUGUUGUGCAUGCGCGUGUGGAAGAUGUGACACCAGGUAUGCUGCGCGAAGCAGCGCCGAUACCCGUGGAGCCACGCGUGGACACGAUCGUGUCUGAAUGCCUCGGUGUGCUGUUGGUCCAUGAGCGCAUGUGUGAGACGCUUCUCGAGGCGCGGGAUCGUUUCUUGAAGCCGGAUGGCGCUGUAUUUCCCCGUGUUGGCAUCUUGUGCUUUUCGCUUCUGAAUGACGCACGCAUGUGGCAAGAAGUACGUGCACGCGGCGAAUGGUGGAAUACCACCGACUUUUACGGCAUCGAUUUGACGCCGUUUGUCGAUGCGGCUCGAGCCGAGGCCUUUGCGAGUCCGGUCGUGGGCUGCUUCUCUCCUGUGCACGUAAUUGGCACGACACCGGACGGUGCCGACACGGAGAGCGCUGUGUGUCGCUACAUGAUGGACUUUAGCACGAUCAGCAUGAGAGAUCUUCGUGAAUUUGAUGUGCCACUCGCCUUUGACUGCAUUGAUGAGGCCACCGUCGUGCAUGGCCUAGGCGCAUGGUUCGACCUCUCGUUUCUGCAAGCGGAUGAUCAUCCUGGCAUCUAUGACGCUGAGCAAAACUAUAUGACGACGAGUCCCUUUGCGCCGCCCACGCAUUGGGCCCAAGUCCGCCUUUUCUUCCCCGAACCGCUGGCGCUCAAUGCCGGCCAAAAAGUGUUCGGCACACUGCACUUUUGUGCCAACAAAAACCGCUCCUACGAUAUACAAGCUGACAUCUACGUUCCUUUUGGCGAUGACCAAGGUGCUCAGCAAGCCUUGUACCGCCGUCAAGCUUGGUGGAAGCUGGACAAGCAAACCUACUCUUGGGAAACCAUGUAG